UUUUCCUCGCCAGAAUAAAUAUACUGUCUCUUGUCGCUCGUUUCGCUAAACAAAUUAUCAUCACCACGAAAUGAUCUAUAUCCCUGUAUACUAGAGAUUACUUUGAAAAAGCCCAAUGCAUUGCUAUUUAAAAGUAUUAUAUGGAACAUUUUUUUUGAAGUACAUCCUUCAUCGCAAAUUUAUAAUAAUAAAUCGAAUAGUUAAAGGUUCAAUGUGUGACCAACACUGUAAGCUUAGCACAGUUUCUACCCACAACUGUUCAGAGGGGCUAUGAUUUUCUUGUAUUCUGAAGGACACACCUUUGCCUGAAAGAGUUCACUGUUCUUCGAACAAUCAAGUUUCUUUUUUUCUUUUUCGAAUCAGGUGUUGAUGGUCUCUUAUGUCCUCCUUCUUAACCAGCUAUUGAUUCAAACCGGCAAUCUACGCUCUAAAAUCUGAACGUCUUUAUCGUGACCCAAAAUCUCUCUAGCCCCCGCUGUAUUACAAAAAGAACACAUAAUAACACCCUUCAAGUAAAGUCCUUCUGAAACAAACGGACGAUUACUGAAAUAAUCGAUAUUCUCAACGGCGCAGACUUGGUCGAUUUCCACUGACUAGUAACAAAAUAGCUUUCAGUGCAACAUGACUGUCAACAAUACAAACUUGAAGACUUACCCUUCAGUCGCUAAACUGAAAAUGUGAUGGGUUAGUUUCGCAAGACAGUAGAAAAAAUUAAACCAAAAAUGAAUCGCUAUACCAUUCUCCACCAGCUUGGAGACGGUACUUAUGGAUCGGUGGUUCUGGGACAGAGGAAAGACACAGGGGAAAAAGUGGCCAUCAAGAGGAUGAAGAGGAAGUACUACUCGUGGGACGAAGCUAUGAGUCUUCGCGAGGUGAAGUCUCUGAAAAAACUUCACCACUCGAAUGUAGUGAAGCUGAAAGAAGUCAUCCGUGAAAACGACGUUCUCUAUUUCGUAUUCGAGUAUAUGCAAGAAAAUUUAUACCAACUCAUCAAAGACCGAAGAGUGCCUUUUCCAGAAGCGACUGUCAGAAACAUGUUACAACAGAUACUCCAAGGCCUCGCGUUCAUCCACCGCCACGGGUUUUUCCAUCGCGACCUCAAACCGGAGAACAUUCUCUGUUCUGGCCCGGACAUGGUGAAAAUCGCCGACUUCGGAUUGGUCAGGGAGCUGCGGUCUAGGCCGCCUUAUACGGACUACGUUUCGACACGUUGGUACAGGGCCCCGGAGGUGCUGCUCCAUUCGACGACGUACAGCAGCCCUAUUGACCUUUGGGCUGUAGGCUGCAUCGCUGCGGAGAUUUAUACUUACAGACCUUUGUUUCCUGGAACGACGGAAACUGACCAGCUGUAUAAGAUUUGCGCGAUCAGAGGUACCCCUGAUAAGAUCAAAUGGCCAGAGAGUUACCAGCUGGCAGGAGCGCUAGGUUUCAAAUAUCCAUAUUUCACCAAAACUCCCCUGGGCGACGUUGUACCUCAAGCGAGUCAGGAUGGUAUCAAAUUCAUUGACGAAUUACUUGAAUGGAAUCCUGCCUUUAGACCUACAGCUCAGUCAGCCCUCAAAAACCAAUAUUUUCUGUACAUGUUUCAGACCGGACAGUACAGCGCCCUACAAACCAACCGCCAAAUCCAAAUGAACAGUGCCUUACAGUCCCAUUCGAACGGGAUUUUCAAAAAACUAUCGGCUCAACCCCUCCGCCAAGAAGACCCGCCAAUGGCAAUUUUCCCUCCGCCGCAGGUCCAAGUGCAAGCCAACGGACGUCCGUUGCUGAAACAAAUGAACCAGAGUACAAACCUGUCGCAAAUGCAGCCUGCCGUCCAAAUCAAUAUCCAGUCUCUCAUCAAACCGAUGGAGACGCCCGAGAAGUCUAGGAUGGCGCCCAUCGUUUAUAGUUUCGGACAGUCGGACUACGGCAGCAAGUACAUGCCGGUUUUCAGCAAAGGAGACGCCAGAGGAGCGCUGAACAAGAAAAUCACCUGGGGCAUGGAGACAAACUUCGAAUACGAAGACGACUUUGCUGAUAUCCUGGGAAGUAAAAUUAAGCUGCCCUCCACAGAAAAGAGCAAAGAAACUAAAAUAAACAUCAGCCAGCUCAAUCUUCAAGACAUUCUGGAACCUUUGGCUAAAGCCAGCGCUGGUACUGCCAGGAAUCAGUACUUGAGUGUCUCCAGAUAUAUUGCAGGGCAACCUUCUGGUACCAGGAGAGAUUCCAACGUCAGCUUAUUUUCCAACUUCUCCAAUACAGGAAGAAAUAGCGGAAUGCAAAAUAAUAAAUCUGGAAAACUGGAUAUGCCACCGUUGUGGACUGAUUUUGGAGACUUGAGCGCCGGCAAAAGACGACUCGGAAAUCUGAAUAUGUCGAACAAUAACGGAUUCGAUUUAACAGCCAAAUAUUUUAAAUAGAAAUAUUUUAUGGAAUUCAAAACUGUGAUACACAUUUAUUU